CUUGAGGCAUUCGAUAAAAUGUAACGUUAAUGUUCCCGUUCAUAAUACAACUGCUGGUAAUCGGGCUUCAGAGGUCGUCCCUAAAAAUAAGUUAACAUUUUGGCGACAUAAGCUUGGCUACUAAGCAGAUCGUGGGUGGAUUUUUUUGCGACACACAACCGUUAGACAUUUCGGUGUAGCGACAUAAAAUGCGUGCUGGGAAAAUAUUAAAAAUAAAAACAAGCGAUAGGGGGACUUCUAAGAAAACGGUUCAAGAGAUUUCACGUCGACUUCAGACGUUUGUAAAGUAACGAAAACCCGACUUGUAAAUCCGUUAAACCCACUUGAAGAAUAAAAAAAAAUCCAAGAUGGCGCAUCCUCUCUUCCUCGCAUCUCAACGGUUUUUCUCACAAACGGUCAAACGGUCCUCUCAUCAGUUGAAACUUGAAAAAUGUGGAAAAACAAAUGUAAGCUAAAAAAUAUACCUGUUAUUACCCUGGCCUGUGUUGCAUUCAGCACAUUAUCUUUAUGAAGUUACAAUUUCCCAUUAACAUUCAAUAACUACAGUUCCCAUAAGCCUUUGCGUUUCAAGUUUAACUUAACUUUAAGUGUCUGUACAAUUCAUGGUUAAAAAUAAAAACGGCAGAAAAGAUAUCAGUUUUUUUUUUGUCCUGGUUGGAUAUAUUAACUUUUAAUUAGAAAAUGAGUGCUUGUAGACACUGCUCAUGUGGGACCACUAGAGGGAGGCCAUUCACCAUAAUAUAAUAUGCUACCCAUAAUACCCCCUAUGGAGGCUUUAUCACCAUUACCAGUUCUCAUAUCAUUUAUAAAUCUGUUUUUUGCUUGUGUACUUCUACUACUACUAUUCCCCACGGUUAAACCUGUCUUAGUUAAUCCAAUUGUGAACAGCCUGAUAUUAUUUAUAUCUGUUUAUCUCCUGUUCACGGAGCCAGAAGCAGGAGUAUCCGAGGAUCCCUGAAGGCAGCAGCAGUCAAUCACACCUGGCGUUAAUCAGCUGAUGGUGGGGUUAGUUAUAGGCGGCUCUGAGGCGGAGCAGCUUCAGUCGUCUGUCCUCGCUGACUCUUUGUGGACUCACAUUAAACAUGAAGCUGUCAGGACUGUUUGGUGUGUUUUUACUCAUGUGUGUUGACCUGAGAAGUUUCGGGAUGUCUCAUCCCAAACCGUCCUGCCGUUACCCUCCGUCCCAGUGGUGUCGGUCCCUGGAGAUAGCAAUAGAGUGCAAGGUUCAGAAGCAGUGUAUGGAGGUGAACGCUACCAGGCCGAACCAGUCUGUUCCUCCAGUAUCGGUCACUCUCUACUAUGAGAGUCUGUGUCCCGCCUGCAGAGUCUUCAUCACCCAGCAGCUCUUCCCCACCUGGACGAUGCUGCAGGACAUCAUGAGUGUCACUCUGGUCCCCUACGGGAACGCCAAGGAGCUUCCAUCAGAGAACUCUCCCUUCACCUGUCAGCACGGAGAGCCUGAGUGCAGAGGAAACAUGAUUGAGGCCUGCGUCAUCCAUUUAACGGGACAUUCAGCGUUUCAGAUCAUCAACUGCAUGGAGUCGUCUGCUAAUGUCCUCAACGCUGCACAGCCUUGUCUCCAGCUCUACGCUCCCUCUGUCUCCUGGUCCAGUGUUGACUCCUGUCUGAAUGGAGGUCUGGGAAACCAGCUGAUGCACGCCAACGCUGUCAUGACCAGAGCUCUGAACCCAGAACACACACACGUCCCCUGGGUCACCUUCAACGGGGAAUACACAGAAGAGAACGAAGACAAGGCGAUGUCGUCCCUCUUCCAUUUGGUUUGCCAACUCUACAAGGGGGUGAAGCCUCCAGCCUGCAAUGGAGCGCCGGUCAGACUGAACAGAGGCUUCUGCUGAGCAACUUUGAAGUGUGUGUGCUACCUGUAGGAACUCACCAACCAUAACAUACAUACUGUAAUGUACCAAAUAACACCAUGAAAACUAUACUAAUGUUUUUGUAACUGAUAACUGUGUGCAUAUGCAAUCAUACAUACUUACAUGCUUCUUUGAUGGGACGCAAUGGAAUAAAUCUGUCUGAAACAUGAA